AUGGAGCGUACAUGCGCGGACUGCGACCGUGAACUCCCCCGCACAUCCUACACCACAAACCAAUGGUCUAGGGGCCGCGGCAUUUCAAGAUGUGCUGGCUGCGUUCAUGGCCACCACUCUGACCGACCGCAAGACCCGCGGGGUGGAAGCGGUCGUCAUAAUUUGUCAACAAAUGGCACUGCUACCACAGACGAGCCAUUUGCCGAAGGUACAUUUCGCUGGGUGGGCAAGGGUACGUACGCGUCUGGCCCUCGCUCUGGUCAGCCUUGCGUCCGCAAAUGGUUCAAAUCGGGCAGCGUCUUCUCCGACGACUUCUUCACCCUCGAUAUCAAGGCCGUGGACAAGGCACUGGAGUUUAUUGACAAAUUCAAUGAACUUGGAAUCGUCGCGAAAACUAUCAAGCUCAACAUACCCGCGGUCUGGCGCUAUACAUCCGGAAGUCGUGAGGGCGAGAAAAUCCUCGUCGAGCCGUUCAUCCAAAACUACCAAAAGUUCAACAGCAAUAGCGGCUGGACAAACGACGACGGCGGCUGGGCAGAGGUCAUGCAGGCCCUCAGCCACUUUAGCUACCACGUCAGCGGCGGCUUCUACGUCUUGUGCGAUAUCCAGGGCGGCAUCUACGCCAGAGAGGUUGUCCUCUCCGACCCCGUCAUCCUCUCCCGUACGCGGCAGUUUGGCGUCACAGAUCUCGGCCCCCCCGGCAUCAGCUCGUUCUUCAACCAGCACUGCUGCAACUACUACUGCCGACCGCACUGGAGCCGCCCUGCCCAGACCGCGCAGUACUUUCGGCCCGUCAGCGGAACUUCCAUGCUCCGUCGCGAUGUCCCGACAGGGACUGGGGGGGCUCCGUCGGCAUUUAUUGGGUCUUUUAAUCUCAUCGCUGAGGAGGAUGAGGAGGAAAACUAUAUUAUAUUUUAG